AUGGCCGUUAGCAACCUGCGCGCCAUGUUUGAAGGGCGCAGCAUGACCGUGUCUUCACCGGCUGAUACCGCGGCCUUGCGGGCUGCAUCGCGAGCAGCCCGUGAACGCCGGCGACCCGAACCCGCGCCUGCUGAGGACGCAGCAUUAAAAGCAGCAGAUGACGUCAAACCCACCCCUCAACCCAAGACCAUCCCGGCAGCAAAGCCCGCCCCUGCUCCCGCCGCAUCACAGAGCUCACCUUUGGUUGAAGCUCAGGCAGAGGCCAAGAGUGCGACCAAGCGGGAAGCCGAAGAGGUCACCAAGGCCUCGCCUGCCGCCACCGACGAUGGGACCGCAUCUGAAGGUCCCACUACAAAAGCGCCCAAGCCGCGACCCAAGCCGCCAAGCUCUAGCUUGGCCCAGCGGGCUGCGGCCUUUCAAAACGCCAACCACAACGUCGGGGGCGCGCCAGCGCUCAAGCCCAAGCCCAUGGCCAAGCCGGCUCGUAAACUGCCCCAGGUCACCCCUCGACCACCGGCUGCUACAGCCUCAUCAACUACAACUGAGUCACCCAGCCCUACGCCCCGCCCCCGCGUUGAGGGUACCAAGCCGACGCCUGCCGUGCGCCCGCGCGCCACAACACUGGCCAACUCGGAUGUGCCUCGCAAGGCCUCGACCAGCAGCAACAGCUCGGGUGGCUCGAUUGCGGCCCGCCUCGCGGCGCUUCGGCCGUCCAGAAUCGACCUUCUGCACCUCAUUUUCUUGUUUUGGUGCACUGGGCGUUUUUCCCUCCUUCAUUGGCUCAUGACGCACGCACAGGCGCAAGGACCGGUGCUGCUACCUGGGCUUGGGCGGCCACCACCGGCCCGAAGCGCCUCAAAUACUUCACUGGAAGUUGCCACGGCCAAUGCCAACGCUCCAGCACCGUCAUCUGCCAACACCGCCGCAAGCCGGCCGCAUGCGCGCAGUGCCACCCUGGCUGUGAGUGAUGCCAAGUUUAUGGCACCUCGCCGAAGUACCUCGGAUACCAAAUUGUUGGUGCAGCGGGUGGAAAUUGCCAACGCUGACGCAGACUUUAAUCAACUGCCCUCCCACGAGCUUUUGGGCACCAGCAUCGGGCGGUUUCGUGCUCGGCUGGGUUCGGUGGGGCGUAAGCCCCCGACUCGGAAGCACGCCCAGGCUCGCGCCAUGGCUGUGAGCGCCCAACGCUCGCCGCCAACGACCGGCGCCAAGAGCCCCUCGCGCGCCAGCUCUGGAACCGCUGAUUCCGACUCGACUCAGGAUGAGGUAGCAGAUGCACCCAACCUGGUUGUGGUGGAAGAGGAGGAGCCUGUUGAAGAGGAGUCGGUGUCGGACAAGCCCCCGGCGGAUGCAGACCCCGACACGGCAACUGAAAUUCCCGAAGAGGUGGUCGAGUCGGAGGCAGCCGAAGAAGUGGAGGAGGAAGUCUCGGUCGACGACGACGAGGAGGGCCAAGGUCCAUCUGAGGCUGAUACCGAUACGAAGGACGCCGAGGGCCAAGGUCCAUCUGAGGCUGAUACCGAUACGAAGGACGCCGAGGAAGAGGCCGAGACCGAGGCCGCAGAACAGCUCGAGCCCGCAGCAGAUGCCGACGAAGGUUCCGCCGACAGCGAUUCGGCCGAGAGCCCAGCACUCGAUACCACCAUGCAAUCCUUGGAGCCCGCCGACGGCGAGACCUCGGUCCUUGAUACCAGCAAUGCCUGA